UGCCGUGCCAUGCUGUGCAAUACCGUGCCCGCCAACGGCUCUCCGCUCCCUUGGCACCUCUGUGCCGUUCGUAUCUCGGACGGGAGCCCAGCAGUGUGAGGUUGGAUGUGUGGAGCUCAAGGGUCAGUAGGCACAUACGGCUUGUUUGUGUCUGCGAGAUGCAUCUGGGUGUCUGGUGUUGUCAGCUGCAAAAAGGCUAAUUUCAGCGAGCUGCUCUCGUUAUCACUACUUCCUCCAUCUCCCGGACUGUGCCCGUGCCGGCAGUAGCAAUAGCAGUGGCAGCAGCCCUGCAGCACGGCCCUGCAGCACAGCCCGCCGCUCGGCAGCAUCCUUUGCAUGGUCCGCCUGUGCACGUGAGGGAACCGAAACGCAGAGGAGUCGGUUGUUCAAAGUCACGCAUCAAACGACUGGCGGGCUUGGGAAUGGAACUUUGCAAGCUGUUGGGUUCUGAGCUCUUGCUUUAACCGCUAAAUGUGCCGUUUUCCACUAGAUGCUUCCUCAGACAACAACCGAAAACAUAGCGGGUUGACUCUGACUUGCCUGAAAGGCUGCUUAAAGUUUCCAGCAGGGCACGGCUCUGGAGCCCUCCCUUCAGGUGCUUUCCGAACUCCCUGCCGUUCUCUUCCUCUCUCUAGCAGUGCCGGUUUCCUCCCAGACGAGGUUGUAGCUAAGCAGUGAGCAGGAUGCCCCCGGGCAUUUACUGCCCUAUGGAAUUCUGGUCCAAGGGGGAAAACCAAAACAUCCAGGUGGACUUUCUGCUGCCAACAGGCAUAUACUUGAAUCUCUCUGUGCCCUGCAAUGCCAGCUUGGGCACCAUCAAACAGGUGGUGUGGAAGCACGCUCAGUAUGAGCCACUCUACCAUAUGCUCAGUGAUCCUGAGGCCUACGUCUUCACGUGCAUCAACCAGACAGCCGAACAGCAAGAGCUGGAGGAUGAGCAGCGGCGCCUUUGUGACAUCCAACCCUUCCUGCCCGUCCUGCGGCUCGUGGCUCGAGAAGGUGACAGAGUCAAGAAGCUUAUUAACUCCCAAAUCAGCCUGCUUAUUGGGAAAGGUUUGCACGAAUUUGACUCUGUGCAGGAUCCAGAGGUGAAUGAUUUCCGCACCAAAAUGUGCCAAUUCUGUGAGGAGAGAGCAGCAAAGCGACAGCAGCUCAGCUGGGCAGCUUGGAUGGAAUACAACUUUCCCUUGCAGCUUGAACCCAUGGCCAAAGGCCUUGGAACUGGACUCUUGCACACACCCACCAAGAACAUUUUUGUCAACGUCAAGUUUCAGUCUGGCGGGGAGAGCUUCACUUUCCAGAUCUCCCCAAAUGAGUUCCCCAUGACAUUAAUGAGCUACGCUGUCAAGAAGCAGGCUACUGUCUUCCGCCACGAGACAAUGGAGAACCCAGAGGACUACACCCUGCAGGUGAAUGGGAAGUAUGAAUAUCUCUAUGGGAACUACCCCCUGUACCAGUUCCAGUACAUUCGUAGCUGCCUGCACCGAGGCUUAACACCCCACCUGACCAUGGUACACUCAUCCACUAUUAUUGCUAUGAGAGAUGAGCAGGUCAACAGUAUUGCCAACCCCCCAAAGAUGGCAGUGAAGCCUCCCCCACUCCCUAAGAAAAAGCCAAACUACGGUUCUCUCUGGUCCUUGGAGCAGUCUUUCUACAUUGAACUAGUGCAAGGCAGCAAGGUCAAUGCGGAUGAGAGAAUGAAGCUGGUGGUGCAGGCAGGUCUCUUUCAUGGCAAUGAGAUGCUGUGCAAAAUGGUGUCAAGCUCUGAAGUGAACGUGUGCUCAGAGCCAGUGUGGAAGCAGAGGCUGGAUUUUGAUAUUAAUAUCUGUGAUCUCCCUCGUAUGGCACGGCUCUGCUUUGCACUCUAUGCUGUCAUCGAGAAGGCAAAGAAAGCACGAUCCACCAAGAAGAAGUCCAAGAAAGCUGACUGCCCCAUUGCCUGGGUGAAUGUCAUGCUCUUUGAUUACAAGGACCAGCUGAAAACAGGGGAGUGCUGCUUGCACAUGUGGUCAUCCUUCCCAGAUGAGAAAGGUGAACUUCUGAACCCCAUGGGCACGGUGCAGUGCAACCCCAACACAGAAAGUGCAGCAGCUUUAGUCAUCUGCUUCCCCAACAUUGCAUCGCAUCCAGUGUAUUAUCCAUCAUUUGAGCAGCUGCUGGAGUUGGGGAGGAAUGGAGAACAACCCCGCUCUGCACCAGAAGAUCCAGAGGAGAAGCUGCAACUGAAGGAAAUAUUGGAGCGGAGGAGCCACACUGAGCUCUAUGAGCAUGAGAAAGAUCUGGUGUGGAAGAUGAGAUAUGAUAUCCGUGACCAAUACCCACAAGCUUUGGCAAAGCUCCUUACCAUCACCAAAUGGAACAAGCAUGAAGAUGUGGCCCAGAUGAUUUCCCUGCUUCAGACCUGGCCAGAGUUGCCUGUCCUGAAUGCCUUGGAGCUGUUGGAUUUUAGCUUCCCUGACCGUUAUGUUGGCUCCUUUGCUAUCAACUCAUUAAAGAAGCUGACAGAUCAUGAAUUGUUCCAAUAUCUGCUGCAGCUUGUCCAGGUGCUCAAGUAUGAAUCCUACUUAGACUGUGAAUUAACCAAGUUCCUGCUGGACAGGGCUCUAUCCAACCGUAAGAUCGGCCACUUCUUGUUCUGGCACCUCAGGUCAGAAAUGCACGUCCCUGCAGUUGCCUUGAGGUUUGGCUUGAUCCUGGAAGCAUACUGCAGAGGCAGCACCCACCAUAUGAAGGUUUUGAUGAAACAGGGAGAAGCACUCAGCAAGAUGAAAGCUCUGAAUGAGUUUGUUAAAUUGAGUUCUCCAAAGGCCACCAAGCCUCAAGCCAAGGAGAUGAUGCAUGUGUGCAUGAAGCAGGAAACUUACCUCGAAGCACUUUCCCACCUCCAGUCCCCUCUGAACCCCAGCAUUAUCCUCACUGAAGUUUGUGUGGAUCAGUGCACAUUUAUGGAUUCCAAAAUGAAGCCCUUAUGGAUUGUUUUUAAUAAUGAAGAGACAGGUGGAGGUGGAGUGGGUAUCAUUUUUAAAAAUGGAGAUGAUCUUCGUCAGGACAUGCUGACUCUGCAGAUGAUCCAGCUGAUGGACGUCCUGUGGAAGCAGGAGGGCCUGGACCUGAGGAUGACUCCUUAUGGCUGCCUCUCCACAGGAGACAAGACUGGGCUGAUAGAAGUAGUCAUGCAUUCUGAUACCAUCGCUAACAUCCAGCUGAACAAGAGCAACAUGGCUGCCACUGCAGCCUUCAACAAGGAUGCACUGCUAAACUGGCUGAAAUCCAAGAACCCAGGUGAUGCUUUAGAACAAGCCAUAGAGGAGUUCACUCUUUCCUGUGCGGGGUACUGCGUGGCAACCUAUGUGCUGGGGAUCGGUGACCGGCACAGCGAUAACAUCAUGAUCCGCGAAACUGGCCAGUUGUUCCAUAUUGAUUUUGGUCACUUUCUGGGGAACUUCAAGACCAAAUUUGGUAUUAAUAGAGAACGAGUUCCUUUCAUCUUAACCUAUGAUUUUGUGCACGUCAUCCAGCAAGGAAAAACAAACAACAGUGAGAAGUUUGAAAGGUUCAGGGGUUAUUGUGAAAAGGCCUACAUGAUUUUGAGGCGCCAUGGUCCUCUCUUCCUGCACCUGUUUGCACUGAUGAAAGCUGCUGGCCUGCCAGAGCUCAGCUGCUCUAAGGACAUCCAGUACCUGAAGGAUUCCCUGGCUCUUGGUAAAACGGAUGAAGAGGCACUGAAACACUUCAGACUCAAGUUUAAUGAAGCCCUGCGAGAGAGCUGGAAAACCAAAGUGAACUGGCUGGCACACAAUGUAUCCAAAGAUAACAGACAGUAGAGGGAUGGAGUCAGUCAGCCUGCACACUUGCUCCAAGAGAAUGUACAACCACUUGCACUGAAUCCAACGACUGUAGACUGGUUUUAGAAGACUGAUGAAUGUUGCCAUGUUUAAGAUCCCUCACCUGUGGUUCCAGAGAUCACAUCUUUCUGCCUAACUGAAAGUUGGACUGUCAUCAACUGCCUAAUCAUGCCUUCAGCAGAUCUUUGGGUGGCAAGGGAGAGGCACAAGGCAAUAAAAUUACUGCAAACAGUGAAAGGUAGGUAGAUGUACCGUUUACUCAUUAAGUUUCAAAUACAUCUUCUACUGGAAGAGUUCAGGCAGUUUCAAUAUACUUUGAAGUCAGUAAGUGUGCUAACAUGUCUAUUUUUAUUUUCUGGACAAUUCAGCUAAACACUGAACAGCUACACAGCUGUAGCUCUUAUAGCACAGCUGUUGUAGGCCUCUACCAUUACAGCUCAGGCUUUAACUCACUACGUCCUACCCUGUUUCAGUGUACACCAAGGUAUGUCAGCCUAAAUCUCCUCUGAAACCAACUUGUACAAACUUUUUAUUCUGCACUGUGGCGAUUAAAAGUAAAUCCAUACUAUCACAUUACUGUCUCUCUGCUGCAGAGGCCAGAGAGCUCUGAGAUGCUGCCUAAAAUCUCACAUCUCAAGAAGAGGUGCUUGGGUUGGCCUAACUUGAGUUAGGUAUGUUUGUUUGCUUUCUUAAAGCAGACCUUAGGUUAAACUCAGCCAGCUUCUUGUUUUCUGCAUUUGUUCUAUUUUUAAGCCUGGAAACAUUAAAAUUGCAUUGUGCCAUUGGUUGCUGAAUGUACCUCCUGGUGGGGCAUUACAGCCAGUUUGCCACCUUGGUUGCAAGAGAAGCAUACAUGGAGGGCACUGGCCUGCACUUAUGUACUUACUGCGAUACACCACUGUAACCCAGUGCCACAUGGGACAUAUGGUACCACUCUGUGCUUAAGUUAUUUGGCCAGUCUGCUUUCCUGUGUAAAGAUAGAGGAGUGCCAGAUGAGUGGGUUUAGUACUGAAAAAUUGCAUCUCAGUUCAUCUGAAAAGUUUGUUCCCUGCUCUCUUCAGCCAUAUGGUCUCAGCUGAGGCACGCAGCUCUGUUUGUUAGUACAGCUGGGGUGCAUAGACUGUGAGUGGGGAGGUCAGCCAAAGAACAAGGUGCAGUCAUCUGUGCUGGUACCUACACUGGACAAACUGUUCCAGCCUUCUGUUGCCACAGCUGCCUUUGUCUCUUUACCAAGGAAAUCUGUCCCCUGUCCCACAAGGUGCUGUUAAUCAUGUAUUUCUACUCCUGUGUUGUAUUUUUGUCUCCAGCUAAUGUCCUCACCUGGUGGGCAGUUCUGAGCACUGGUGUUGUACAGGGACAGAUGAACAGGAGCCACUGCUGUCCCUCAGUGCCUCCCAUGAGCAAAUUGAGGUGCAUCAAACAGGCUGCAGCCUAUGGGUCAUGCUGGAAGAUAAGCAGUCUGGUUAGUAUCUGCUUCCUUUAGCAGUUCCCUGGGGUGCUUCCCUUCCAUUCCCUGUGUUCUUCACACCAUCGUGUUCCUCAAGAGGUGCUACCAUUUCUGUCUUUUAAGGAAUGACUGUCAGAUUUUCCUGACAUCCCUGAAGUUGAAUUAGUUGAAGUUGAUUUGUAUGCCUCAACCUGGGUUGAAUUUACAAGACUCUAAAAAGAAACAAAGGCAUUUCCUAUCCUUUCUUCCAAGCAACAAGAAACAUGUCAAAUGGUGGACUACUCUCAUGGAAAUUUAAGCUUUUGUGCCUGGUUUGGGUUAAUUUUGCCAAAAUUUCCUCAAAAAUAGCUAGCUUAGGGCAGAUGCUGAACUUGCCUAUUUUUUCCCAAUACAUCUUCCCUGUUAUGGGGUAAAUUUCAUUUGUUUUUGCAACCAGGGCUUAAGUAUAACUCAUUCUUGAUUUUUAGCUCUUUUUAUUCCAUUAAAAUGAGGUGCCCUGUACUUCAGAGAAAACAAAUGAAAAAACAGCAUCCCUAUACUGCAGGGUAAGCCCAGUGCUUUUUACAAAAGCACGAGUUCAAAUAGA